ACCCUGCUUCAAAAAAAAAAAACUUUGUGAACGCUCUGCGCCUGCGCAUUUUGAAGCCUUCAGGUUUGUCUACAAUUUCUGAGCUUGCGUCUUAAAAUUUUGCAGAGCUGUUGAGACAUGAUGACCACAGAACCUGCAAGCAUCGAGAACCUGCAUGUUCUGCACCACAGUAAAGAUUUUCUUGUAUUAGACAAACACUGGGACAUUCGCAUAGACAGUAAGAUGUGGUAUGAGAAACUGACAGUGCAGGCACAACUUCAGCACCACUUUCCUGAUCUGGCCGACCCCAGCACUUACUAUGGAUUCAGGUUCUGUCAUCAGUUGGAUUUCUCCACCAGUGGGGCUCUUUGUGUUGCACUUAACAAGGCUGCUGCUGGUCGAGCUUAUCGCUGUUUUAAAGAUCGGACUGUCACCAAAGCCUACCUCGCUCUGGUCCGUGGGACGGUAGAAGAAACCACACAAACUAUACGCUUCUCAAUUGGCAAAAAUAGCACAGAAGGAAAAAAGCAUAUGAUGCUUAUUGAGGGAUCUGAAGGCUGUGAGAAUCCUAAACCAUCGGAAACAAAGCUUACAGUCUUGGAGUAUGGGUUGUAUGAUGGAGAUCCUGUCACUAAGGUGUUGCUGCAGCCACUCACUGGUCGAACCCACCAGCUGAGGGUUCACUGCAGCGCUAUUGGCCACUCCAUUGUUGGGGACUUUACCUACAGCUUGGGGACUGAUAACUCGCCGUACAGAAUGAUGUUGCAUGCUCACCUCCUUCACAUUCCCCUGGAACCAGAUCCUCUGCUGGUUACUGCCGGAGACCCUUUUGUCCCAACAGUUGACCCAAAAUGGCUCCCGCAGCGCUCAUUACGGACACUGACACCCACAGUGGAGGCUUUGUUGGAAAACAGAAAGACUAAAAAAGAGGAUAAAGGUUUGGUAGAAAUAGAGAAGGGAGAAAUAAAACUGAAGAAGGAUGAGAGCAUUGAAGAGAGUGAAGAGCAAAGGAGGAUAUGUCAGCAGUGGUUGAGUGAAUGGGCUGUGGACUGAUGGGACGGCAAGGUCUUUUAUUUAUUUUCUUUUUUAUUUUAUCUGUCCUUGCAUAAAGUGAAGGAACAUAUAUGCCAUGUUCAUAUAUGCUCACAUACUGUGUGGGGGACCAACUCCAUCAUGUUUACAAAAAUUCCAACUACCUUAUAGGUGUC